AUGAAAAGCUUUGUUGGUUUAAUAAGUGGCGGUAAAGACAGUUUUUACACAAUAGAGCUACUCAAACGAGAAAAAUACAAUCUUGUUGCGCUCGUGUACAUUAAAAGCGCGGAAAUAGACUCGUACAUGUACCAGACAGUUGGUCACGAAAUGAUCCCCUUCUAUCGACAGGUGCUAAAUGUACCAAUUUAUAUCUGCGAGACGAACAGAAAAGCAAUAAAUACUGACAAAGAGUACACCACUACCCCCGAGGAUGAGGUUGAGGUGAUAUACGAGUAUCUUUUGCAGCUACAAAAGAAUGUAGCUUUCGAGUGCGUCAGUGUGGGUGCUAUCAAGAGCUAUUACCAGUAUAACAGGAUCAAAAACGUAUGUGAUAGGCUCAAUCUUGGUGUUCUGGCACCUUUGUUCAACCUGGAACAGAGGGCCAUCUACGAUGCAAUUGUUGAGUGCAUGGAUGUGGUUUUUGUCAAGGUGGCGUGCACGAAUCUGGGUAAAGAGAUUGUGGGAAGGAAAUUGAAUGUGAUCAGGGGAAUGGAGAUGGAUAACUGGUGUGGGGAAGGUGGCGAGUAUGAAACUGCCGUAUUAGAUGCGCCAUUUUUUGAAAAGAGGUUGGUUAUAAAAGAUUACGAGAUUGUGCACCAUCCCGAGGAGGAAGAUAAGGAGAAGACGGUGUUUCUCAUGAAAAUAAAUGAGGUUGAAGUGCACGAUAAAUAAAUGGGGUUGAAGUGCACGAUAAACUAGGGCUGAUCGAUCCGUAACACGAUAAAUAGGGCUGAUCGAUCCGUAACACG